AUUCGAAAAGCGAGUGAGUCCCCGACGCAAUUCCAAGCCAGAAAUGUUAUCAAACAUGUGGCAGCAAGGCGCCCAGUCGCUGACACUAAUCCUCCUGCUGUCCGUGAUUUGUGCUCGAUGUGCCACGCCAAUGCCAACAACAAUGCCACAGGAACAGGAGCUGACGACCACCGAAAUGGUGCUUGAGAAGGAGUCGCAUCCGGAGUCGAAGCGCAUUGACUGUAAAUUGACUUUCGAUGCAACAAUGGGCUCGUUAGAGCAACAGAAACUGCUGCAGGCGAAUGGUUGCAACGUGCCGCACACCAGCAACACUAAUAAGCCAACGGAUGUGGAGCAGCAGCAGGUGGAGGAGGCUGUCCUGAGACACUCGAUGUCUGGUGGCAGCAGUCAGCCGCUCUAUGAAUUACAAUUGGUUGUUUGGCCGGCUGAUAUUGAGGACGUGGCAGUCACCACAACUCCCAGAACAACAACAACAACACUACCAACAACACCACCAACAACAACACCACCAACAACAACAACAACAGCAAGAACAACCACAAGCGAAGCGACAACACAAACACCUUCAGAAUUCCCUUUGUAUGAGGAUCAAUUGGUCGUAUUUCCGCAAAUGGAUUUUCAAGAGGAAAAUUUUGAUUAUUUCUUUGAUGAGCUGGAAACAGCGGCAACGUCGACAACAACCAGGCCGAGACCCACAACGUCAGCGCAGCCAUCACAGCCAGUAUAUGUGGUGGAGAACUACCGCAAGAAGCAUCCGAAUGGCACCGAGGAGCAUAAAUUGAUACUCAGUAAUGGCCUGGUCAACUAUAUGAAGCUCUACGGGAAGCGUGUGGACAAUAAAUUGAUCAAUGUGCAGGAGGGCUACAGUUCGGUGCCCGUCGCUGGAGUUGUCCCUCAGAUCCAGACCCUUCACUAUAUAGCCGAUGAGCGUGGAUAUAAUAUCUACAAAAUUGAGCGAAGUCCUUUGCCGUCACUGUUGCCCAAUCGAGUCCAUCACAAAGCCACAAAAGUUCCAGCGAUAAAGCCACAUAUGUGAGCAUACAGAACUAACUGUUAGUGUCGCACAGUGGGACGAAGCCCCUUACCAUGCUUAAACGAAUUGUGUUUUGUAUUUAUUCAUUUUUUUUUAUACCCCAUAUAAUGUAGUCUUAAUUAUGAAAUAAAUAUCUGAAAUGUCUGUAAAUACAAUUUUUUUUUUAUAGUAAUCCAAGUUAUACUUCUUAAACGCCGUUUCGAAAUUUAUGUAAUCGAUAUUUAUUAUAUGAUAAUAUUUGUAACAGCAGGCAUGAUAAUAGCAAAACUACAUUUGUGUGAAUUUUCAUUACAUUAAAUUUAUGAAAAUGUAAAUUGCUUUCGUAAA